AUGGCCCACGUAAUACCGAACGUUGACGGCAUCCCCGUCGUCAAGCUCUCCGGCCCCGGGGAGCGACCAGCUCUCGACAGCGACGGCUCUUCACAAUGUCUCGAAACCGCAGCCGAUGUGGUCAAUCCGGCGCCUUCGCGGUGGUGGUUACGCACCUCGGCCUCCUGGUGGAGAUCGUUGCAGUACGUCGGCAUGACACUGCAUUUCCUCGCGCCCGAACGGCCACCAAGUCCGACAUUUACUAAGACGAUUCGAUCAACGAUUUCCAAAACAAAGGGCGAAUUUACACUCCAAUUUUACACACCAAAUGGGUACGCAACAGCCGCAAAGUCGGGGGCAAAGUUCCCCGCUGUUGUCAACUUCCACGGCGGUGGCUUCACAAUCGGCAAUGCCACGGACGACGCUCGAUUCGCCCGCUUCGUGCUCGAGACAUGCAACGCCGUCUUCGUCAGCGUUGACUACCGGCUCAGUCCCGAAGCGCCCCACCCCGUUGCCGUCGAAGAUGCCGCCGAUGCCCUUCUCUACCUCGUCCGCUCCGGACACGACCUAAACAUCGACCCCCUCAAACUCGCAACCUCGGGCUUUUCCGCCGGCGCCAACCUCGCUUUGACAUCCACCCUCCUCUUCACCGACCACAUCCGAACCCUUCAACAACAACCCCAAAACACCGGACCAAUACCCCCGCACAAAAUCCGCGCCGUCGCCACCUGGUAUCCCAUCACAGACUACACUCAGCCCCGCGCAGCCAAACGCGCCGCCUCCGUCCGACCCGACCAAACCCUCCCAGACACACUCACCUCUCUCUUCGACGCCGCCUACCUCCACCCUCCCAGCCUCCCGCUCGCUAGCCCAUACCUCUCCCCCUCCAAAGCCACAGACGAGCAGCUAGCUGCGGGAAUCCCGGACAUGGUGAUCUUUUACACGUGUGAGUAUGAUAUGCUCAUGAAGGAAGGGCAGGAAUUGGCGACACGGCUGGGGAAGGAGCCGAUUGGCAAGGAUGUGAGGUAUAAGAUGGUGGAGGGGGUGCCGCAUGCGUGGGAUAAGUCGCCGGAUCCGACGAAGGUGGCGGAGUUUUCGGAGGACUUGUAUCAGGAGUGUUGUGGGUUUUUGAAAGAGGCUUUUGAAGGGGUGUGA